ACGCAUACCAAAAUCGUUCUCCUUUCUCAUUCUUUUCCAUUUAUUUCCAUUUUUAUUUGCAACACCACGUAUCUCUCUCUCUCUCUCUCCCCGCUACUGAUGAUGUCUGUUUCUUGUAGAACAGAAAAAGCCUUUCUUUACCAGUUAUCCGUCUUUACACCACACCUUCUUCUUUUCCUUACCCCUCCAUCUUUCUUUCUUUUUUGUUCUUAGCUAAAGUUUUCCUUUGCCAAGCAUCCAUCUAAGGAAGUUGCACUUUGAGUUCGAACCUCACCAAAUUUGAGAGCAGUAUUUCUGAGGACAAAAUGUUCCGGAAAGACAUUCUUGAAGAACCCUCAAAUUUGCAUCCGAUUCCUGAUCUUUCACUGCACAUAAGCCCUCCAAAGAGUGCCCCUUCCUCAAUUUGCACUGCAGCGCAUGAAGGAGAUUUGAGCUUCGAUGUUUGGCGCAAAGAUGAUCAUCAUGUCAAGCUAAAAUCGCACAGCGACAAUUCCAUCAGAGCCAGCACCCAAUUACCUGAGACUGAAUUCUCUCUAUCUAACCCUAAAAGUGUUUUGGAGGCUGAGAGUCCAUGGAGAAAAAACUUCAUCAGCAGUAACAGUACUGGUGGGGAAGAAGUACUUCUUCAAGCAAGGCAUAGAAAUCGUGGGAUUCCAGUGCUUGAUGUUCCUGAGGGAAUCAAAGCCAUAAAAGGAAUUCCGGUGUUCUCACCGUUGGAUCAUUCCAGCAAGUUUUCUUUCAACCAAAUGGCUGCAUAUCCAUCUUUUAAUGCUUCUACUCGUUCUUCUGCUGCCAUCAGGCCUUAUGGUAUAGAGGGUUUUCAACCCAUUUCAAGGUAUAAUGGGAUAACCAUGGAGACUCUAAGAACCCAACAGUUUCAUCAGUAUAUGCAAUUCCCACAACACCAAUAUAUAGGGGCUGCAGGAGCCGCGGAUUUCUCAAACGGCUUUUUGAGAUCAUCAAGAUUUAUUCCAAAGCUGCAAAGCAGGAGGAAUAUGAGGGCUCCUAGAAUGCGUUGGACAAGUUCUCUUCAUGCUCGUUUUGUUCAUGCUGUGGAGCUCCUUGGUGGCCAUGAAAGGGCUACUCCAAAGUCAGUUUUAGAGCUCAUGGAUGUGAAAGAUCUUACACUUGCUCAUGUCAAGAGCCAUUUACAGAUGUAUCGAACUGUUAAGAACACUGACAGACCUGCUGCUUCCUCAGAUGGAUCUGGAGACGAAGAUUUCUUGAGCACAGCUCCAAAUGCAGUCUUGGAACAUGAAAUGGGAUACCAUUCUAAUUUGUGGAGUAACCCUUCCAGUAGAUCAGGCUCAUGGGUGCAAGCAGCCAGUUCAAGGAACCCCGAUAGACUUCUAAGACCUGAAAUAUAUCCACCAUCUCAACAAAGAUCUGGAGACCAAUUUGAUCAGGUAUGUGAUUUUUCUCAAUCAAUAAAUUCCAGAGGUUCAAGUUUAGGCAUCAAGAAUCCAAGCUUGGAGUUCACCUUAGGGAGGCCUGACUGGCGCAGCAAAAAACACGACUAGUUUGAGUUUAUUAUUGGCUAAUUUGCUUUAAUAUUCCCAUGGUAAGAAAAUCCCAUGGUAAGAAAAUUAGGGAAAAUGCACUGAUAUAUGGGUGGAGUUAGUGAGCCAAACAGAAAGGAGAAGUGCUAAAGCCUCAAAAGAAAUACUACAAAAAUAAAUAAAUAAACUGACAUGAUUAUAUAGGAUACGUUAGAUCAACUUUAUAAUAAAAGUAAUUUUAUAAUUUAACGUAUCACAUCAACUCAUGUCAAUUUAUGAAUUUAUUUUUGUGAGAUCUCUUUAUAGCGAAAGCAUUUCUCGAAAGAAAAUAAUCUCUACAAGUUUUUGUUUUUGUUUUUUCGGUUUUUUCGGUUUGUCUUCUUCGAUCGAUUAAGUUCCAUGCAUGUCGAUCUGUACAUACUUCUUUCGCAAAAGCUGCUCUUGGUUACGAGGAGACGUGAAUCGUAAGCAUCAACUGUCAAGAAAAAAAAAAAAAAAAAACAGGAGGAAUCAUUUUCGAUGGUGCAUAUAAUAUAUGGCUUUUAAUAUUCUGAUCA